ACUACGAGCACGCGUUCCUCCGCCCGUUCCACCAAAUUAACGCGUCCCCCUCCCCCACUUCACCGAUACCUCAACACCAUGACCAACUUCGAGAACCCCGUCUGUUUUUUCGACGUCGCUCUGGGCGGCGAACUACUCGGCCGCAUCAAAAUGGAGCUCUACCCAAAGAUCGUCCCCAAGACCGCCGAAAACUUCCGACAACUCUGUACCGGCGAGACCAAGGGCCGCGGCGGGAGGCCCCAGGGCUACAAGGGGUGUAAAUUCCAUCGUGUGAUGAAGGACUUCAUGAUCCAGGGCGGCGAUUUCCUGAACGGCGAUGGAACUGGUAGCACUACCAUCUACGGCUCGGACAAGUUUGCGGACGAGAACUUUAUAAUCAAGCACGACCAACCGGGGAUCCUUUCCAUGGCGAACUCCGGCCCAAAUACCAAUGGCUGCCAGUUCUUCAUCACGAGCAAGCCGCAUCCGUUCCUGGAUGGUCAGUACGUCGCAUUCGGAAGGGUCAUUGACGGCAUGGAUGUGGUCAGGAAGAUUGAGAAUGUUCGCUGUAUUCUGGAUAGGCCCACGACGGAUGUGGUGAUUACGCAGUGCGGAGAGAUGUGAGGCGGCGGGGGGCGGGAGAUUAGUACAUAUAUCUGGAUCGCGGCGAUGUGGGGAAUAAUAGGAUAGAGUGGAGUGGGCUCGCCUGCUUCUUAAUUUCGACAGCUCCUCGAUGCAUCAGCUCAAACCGCGAUUCGUAAAAGUACUUACCUCAUAGCAAUUGUAAUCAAUCCUUCGUCUUCAAUGGCCACUUAUUCAC